AUGUCGCCUCGUACAUACUCUUGUAGUGUCCCUGGAUGUUAUGCAACGUAUCUCCGCAAAGAGCACUUGAAUCGACAUAGCGCGCAGAGCCACCAAGAUGGCAAUCGAUUCUCGUGUCCACACUGCUCGAGUACUCUGGCAAGGAGCGAUCUCCUACGACGGCACAUCAAGGCCUACCAUCAAGAAUGCGAAUUGCCGCAGUUCCGAGCCCAGAAGGCGUGCAGCGCCUGUCGCGCUCGAAAGGAACGCUGCGAAGGAAAGUUCCCGUGCAGCUCAUGCGAGAGACGAGGAAUCGCUUGUUCCCUUGCUCCUGAGCCAGAGACGCAGAACGCGGUUCGGGUGAAUACGCAAGCAGAUAGUGUAGAUGAUGAGUUGCCAGAGUCACCCGCGAUGGACGUCGGCUCGACAGAUACCACCAUGGACACAGAGGACAUUGGAGCCACCGCAACCCAGCUUGUCACCCAGGAGUACGUUGAUAUCUACUUUCGAGAUUUCCACCCUCAUUGGCCAUUCCUCCAUCCGAGUACAUUUGACGCGUCGAGGGAACCUUCCAUUCUGGUUCAAUCCGUCGUCAUGAUCGGGAUGUGGAUCACUGGUCGCCCGGAAAAGAGGGAUGCCGCAUUACAACUCCAUCGCAAACUGAGUGAUGCAGUCCGAAUACAAGCGGAGUCCUGGUCUGUGCCUGCUAUAUCAAGUUCGCAGCAAAACAUCCGUGCUCUGUGGCCCAUGGCGACCUACCAGAGCAUUCUUCUCCAGAUCAUAAUGUCACUGUUUCUUGCCAAAGAAAAUAACACAACCGACCUGAGUUUGCGACACCAACUCAGCGCAGACGACUCCUUUCUCCUGAUUACUCUAGUCCGCACCUGUCGAGCAUUAGGCAUGUUCUACUAUCCGAACAUGGUUGAACAGCACAGCCCGACAGCACCACUGGCAAUGAUCUGGGUCAAUGUGGAAGAGAUCAAGCGGUUCGGAUUGGCACUCUAUAAAGUCUGUCGAAUGAGUAGCUUGGCUGUCGCGACGGACACAAUCCUAAACCCACGAAAGGAACUGCUGAAUUUGGCCGACCUGGACUUUUGUAUACCGGAUAGCGACCAAGUUUGGGUGAACCGGCGAGAGAACACGGACCACGAGGCGUGGAUGUCAAGUGCCGCCAGGGUGCUGUGUGAUGUCCAAGUUGAUUUCGAAUGGAUCUAG